AGCGGGGCGCAGGGCUCGCGGUACGUUUUUCGUUGCGAUGGCCCCGUCCUCCUCCUUCCUCGUGCUGACGGUACUCCUGGUGGCCGUGGGCGGCCCACGCGUGGCCCUCUCGUGCCCGAGCCGCUGCCUGUGCUUCCGCACCACGGUCAGAUGCAUGCAUUUGAUGCUGGAGAGUGUACCUGCCGUGUCGCCGCAAACCACCAUCCUAGACCUGAGGUUCAACAAAAUAAAGGACAUUCAGCCUGGCUCUUUCAGAAGAUUAAAAAAUCUGAACACACUGCUUCUCAACAACAACCAGAUAAGAAGGAUCCCAAGGGCUGCUUUCGAAGACCUGGAAAACCUCAAAUAUCUCUAUUUGUACAAGAAUGAAAUCCAAUCAAUUGACAGACAAGCAUUUAAGGGACUUGUCUCUCUAGAGCAACUGUACCUGCACUUCAACAACAUCGAGACCCUGGAGCCGCAGUCGUUCGACCACCUCCCGAAGCUCGAGCGACUGUUCUUGCACAACAACAGGAUAACGCAUCUCGUCCCGGGGACGUUCUCCCACCUGCAGUCCAUGAAGAGACUGCGCCUGGACUCCAACACGCUGAACUGCGACUGCGAGCUCCUGUGGCUGGCAGACCUGCUGCGGCAGUACGCCGAAUCGGGCAACGCGCAGGCCGCCGCCACCUGCGAGUACCCUGCUCGCCUGCAUGGGCGCUCCGUGGCCACGCUCACCGCCGAGGAGCUCAACUGCGAGGUGCCUAGGAUCACGUCGGAACCGCAGGAUGUGGACGUCACCUCUGGCAACACGGUCUACUUCACCUGCAGGGCCGAAGGGAACCCCAAACCCCAGAUCAUCUGGCUGAGGAACAACAACGCCCUCAACAUGCGGGACGACUCCCGGCUGAACCUCCUGGAGGAUGGCACGCUCAUGAUCCAGGACACGCGGGAGACGGACCAGGGCGUCUACCAGUGCAUGGCCAAGAACGUGGCCGGAGAGGUCAAGACGUCGGAGGUCACACUCCGCUACUUCGGGGCUCCGUCCCGGCCCAGCUUUGUGAUCCAGCCCCAGAACACAGAGGUUCUGGUCGGGGAGAGCGUCACGCUGGAGUGCAGUGCGACAGGCCAGCCCCACCCCCGCAUCUCCUGGACCAGGGGCGACCGCACUCCGCUGCCCACCGACGCCCGCAUCACCAUCACCCCCUCAGGAGGCCUCUACAUACAGGAUGUCAGCGAAGUCGACGGGGGCCAGUACACCUGCUUCGCCAGCAACAACAUAGACACCAUCCACGCCACAGCCUACAUCAUCGUCCAAGCCACGCCCCAGUUCACCGUCGCGCCCCAAGAUCAGUCGGUCCUGGAGGGCCAUACGGUGGAUUUCCCCUGCGAAGCCAGCGGGUAUCCCCAGCCGGUCAUCGCCUGGACACGAGGGGGCAGCCCGCUGCCGGCCGACCGGCGUCACGUGGUCUUGUCCACGGGGACCCUGCGUAUCGCCCGCGUGGCCCCCCACGAUCAGGGCCAGUAUGAGUGCCAGGCUGUCAGUGUUGUGGGUUCCAUCAGGACCGCGGUCCAGCUCACCAUCCAGCAGAGAGUAACGCCUGUUUUCACAAAUGCUCCAAGGGACAUGACGGUGGAGUCUGGCACGGAUACGCAGAUUCCGUGCAGCGCUCUGGGAGAACCCGAGCCUGUCGUCACGUGGAACAAGGAUGGCGUUCAAGUGACAGAGAGCGGGAAGUUCCACAUCAGUCCCGAGGGCUUCCUGGAAGUGAAGGAUGUGGGGCUGGCGGACGCGGGGCGCUACGAGUGCGUCGCCCGCAACAGCAUCGGCUACUCCUCGGCCAGCAUGGUUCUCACGGUCCAAGUCCCUCAGGUGAGCCGGGAUGGUGACCUGUUUGUGGCCACGUCAAUCCAGGAGGCCAUCCGCAACGUGGACAGCGCCAUCGACUCCACCAGGAGGCAUCUUUUCGACGGGAAUCCCCGGACCCCAGCGGAGCUCCUAGCCCUUUUCCGCUACCCGCGGGACCCCUACACGGUGGAGCAGGCCCGGGCCGGAGAGAUCUUCGAACAGACCCUUCUCCUCAUUCAGCGGCACGUCAACCAGGGACUGAUGGUGGACACAAACGGCACGGCGUUCCGCUACAACGACCUGGUGUCUCCCCGCUUCCUGGACAUGAUCGCCAACCUGUCGGGCUGCACGGCACACCGGCGCUUCAACAACUGCUCCAACAUCUGCUUCCAUCAGAAGUACCGGAGUCACGAUGGCACGUGCAACAACCUGCAGCACCCCAUGUGGGGCGCCUCGCUCACCGCCUUCGAGCGCCUGCUCAAGUCGGUCUACGACAACGGCUUCAACCUGCCCCGCGGCACCAGCCAGAGGCUGCAGAAUGGCUUCCCGCUGCCCCUGCCCCGCCUGGUGUCGACGACUAUGAUCGGCACGGAAACGAUCACCCCCGACGACCGUUACGCCCACAUGCUGAUGCAGUGGGGUCAGUUCCUGGACCACGACCUGGACUCGACGGUGGUGGCGCUCAGCCAGUCGCGCUUCUCCGACGGGCAGCUCUGCAGCUCGGUUUGCACCAACGACCCGCCCUGCUUCCCCAUUAUGUUCCCGCCCAACGACCCGCGGCAGCUGCGCAGCGGCGCGCGCUGCAUGUUCUUCGUGCGCUCCAGCCCCGUGUGCGGCAGCGGCAUGACCUCGCUGCUCAUGAACUCGGUGUACCCGCGCGAGCAGAUCAACCAGCUCACGUCGUACGUCGACGCCUCCAACGUGUACGGCAGCUCGCGGCACGAAGCCGACGAGAUCCGCGACCUGGCCAGCCAACGGGGGCUCCUGCGCCAGGGCAUCGUGCAACGUUCGGGGAAACCCCUGCUGCCCUUCGCCACGGGCCCGCCCACCGAGUGCAUGCGCGACGAGAACGAGAGCCCUAUCCCCUGCUUCCUGGCCGGGGACCACCGUGCCAACGAGCAGCUGGCCCUGACCGCCAUGCACACGGUGUGGUUCCGCGAACACAACCGCAUAGCGGCCGAGCUGCUGCGGCUCAACCCGCACUGGGACGGCGACACCAUCUACCACGAGGCGCGCAAGAUCGUCGGCGCCCAGAUGCAGCACAUCACCUACAGCCACUGGCUCCCCAAGGUGUUGGGCGACGUGGGAAUGAAGAUGCUGGGCGAGUACCAUGGCUACGACCCCAACGUCAACGCGGGCAUCUUCAACGCCUUCGCCACCGCGGCCUUCCGCUUCGGCCAUACGCUCAUCAACCCCAUACUGUACCGGCUGGACGAUCGCUUCCAGCCCAUCCCGCAGGGCCACAUCUCCCUGCACAAGGCCUUCUUCUCGCCGUUCCGCAUCGUCAACGAGGGCGGCAUCGACCCGCUGCUGCGCGGCCUCUUCGGCGUGGCGGGCAAGAUGCGUGUGCCCACGCAGCUUCUCAACACGGAGCUGACGGAGCGCCUCUUCUCCAUGGCCCACGCCGUGGCGCUCGACCUGGCCGCCAUGAACGUCCAGAGGGGCCGCGAUCACGGCAUCCCCCCCUACAAUGACUACCGGGUCUUCUGCAACCUCACCUCGGCCCAGGACUUUGAGGACCUCAAGAACGAGAUCAAGAACCCGAGCGUGAGGGAUAAGCUGCGGAGGCUCUACGGCACACCUCUCAACGUCGACUUGUUCCCGGCGCUCAUGGCCGAGGACCUGGUGCCCGGCAGCCGGCUGGGACCCACGCUCAUGUGCCUGCUGGUGACCCAGUUCAGACGCGUGCGAGAUGGGGACAGGUUUUGGUACGAGAACCCGGGUGUGUUCAGCCCUGCGCAGCUGACGCAGAUAAAGCAGGCGUCCCUGGCGCGAGUGCUGUGCGAUAACGGGGACAACAUCACGAGGGUGCAGCCGGACGUCUUCGCCAUGGCCGACUUCCCCCACGGCUACGGCAGCUGCGACGACGUGCCCAAGAUCGACCUGCGCAUGUGGCAGGACUGCUGCGAAGACUGUCGGACCAAGGGGCAGUUCAACGCCCUCUCCUUCCACUUCCGGGGCAGGAGAUCUGCCGAGUUCAGCUACGCCGAGCAUAAGCCUUCCGGCCCCCAGGAGAGCCGGGACAACAGGUCCGAGCGUCACGCCGCGGAACCUCUUUUCAAUGUCUCGGUCGCGGCGAAGCCAGGCAUCGAACCCUCCCCGAACGAGUUCCAAGACUUUGUUGCGGACAUGCAGAAGACCAUCACGAGUUUACGGAAGCAGAUUAAGAGGCUGGAAGCCCGUCUGAGCAGAACGGACUGCAGGGACGAGUCGGGCCGGGAGCGCUCCAGCACCGAGCGCUGGAAGAAGGACCCCUGCACCACGUGCGAAUGCAAAGACGCUCAGGUGACCUGCUUCGUGAAGUCCUGCCCCCCGGCGGAGUGCCGGAGCCCGGUGAAGCGAAAAGGAGAGUGCUGUCCGGUUUGCUUGGAGCGGCCGGGGAGUGACAAGUACGGCGUGUGAGAAGUGUCGACACCCCCGUGUGGGACCCUGGGGCUUGCAAUCCCUGUACAGACCUGUAGGGGGCGCUUGAGACACGCCCAUUUUUACAGUUUUAUUUUAAUUUUAAUUUUUUUAAAAAAUUUUAUUUUGGUUUUCAUACCCCCAAGGCUUUGUUUUACCACUGGCAACAAGACAGCAGUUAUUACAAGUCUGUUUCUGGCGGGGGUCUCGACCCCAACGCCCUCUCUUCAGCCCGCGCAUGGGAGCCUGGUGCAAACGGGGAGGCCUUUCGAGGGCCGCUCUCCCCGUCACUAACUAUGCAAGACCCAAACCCUCGAUCGAGGGAGGGGGGAAUCGCACUGCAUCAAGUACGGAAGGGAAGUAGAUAGAACACCGUCGGCCAUAUCGUUCUGCAGAGAAUCUCAGGUUAGACCUUCAGAAAACUGGUGCUACUUCACACCCCCCACCCCUUUAUUAACCGUUUUAGCUACUAAUUACAGCCUUGAAAGUAUUUGUUUUAUUUUUAUUUGCCUUUUUGAUAUGCAGAGCUUCAUAUAUGCAUUCAUUAUGUGCCUUUAAUCAUAAAUCACAUUCGAACAAACCUUUGUAAUUAAAUGCUCUAAAGACGUUUUAUACACAAAAUGACUAGAGUUACUUGGGCUUUUACUAAACGUUGUGGUGCUUUAUACCCAGUAUGAGUAUGUACUUCCCAUUUGUAUUACUCUCUUACACAUGAAGAUAAUGUGAAGACUUUUUUUUUUUUUUUAAAGAAAAAAAAAAAACUUCUGCAAUGCAAUAUCAUCUACUGAUUUAUUCUUCCCAAACUGUUAAAAAAACAUUGCUUGUGAUUUUUUCUUUUUUUAAAAUUUGAUUCAAGCGCAGAUUGAGCAAGUGGCUCAAGCACCUCUCUGACACCCAUGACCCGCGAAGUACAGCGGUGUGUUCUGUUCAUGAGUGCAUUUUCGGUUUACUGUGCACGCGCUGCUCAAACAUAAAACCCCCUCCCCCCCCCCCAACCUUCAUUCCUGAGCUGGUCCAGGCACAUCGGUCCGUUAUCUGGGAAAACAGCUGAGGGCACCUUGAUGCUGCCAUGGGCUCGCUAUCCAGUUUCCCGCCAGCAGGGUAUGGCAUCGCAGCCCGUGACAUUCGCAGAAAGACAAGCCACACCCACUUUGUUCCUCAUGUUUCUCUGAAGCCCUCCCUCCCGCUGUGAUCCGAACAGGACCUCCACGUGAAAUAAGUCGAACGCAAUUAUUCGUCACUGUUGACAGCAGUGUGUCAUCCUGGCCCUGAUGACCAUGUUCUGGUGGUUCUGAUGUCCCCGUUGUCGUGGAGAAGAGAAUGGCCGUGGCGACAGGAGUUCCGGCACCCUGGAUUCCUUUGUGCGCUCGCUCUCUCUCUUUCUCUCCCCCCCCCGUUCUCGAACGUCCGUGGCGGCACUUAUCGUAGGUGACGGUGCUCAGCCUGACCGCGUGCAGACCAACGCCGCUCUCCUCUGCCCCGAGAUCUCUCGCUAACCAAAGCCAUAUGACGGCCCACUGCAAAACACGCUGGUCUUUCAUUGUACACUUUUUUUUUUUUUUGGAAGAGAGCACUGAGCGUAACAGAGGCACAUGUGACACCGACUGCGAACACGUCACAUCAAAAAAAAAAA